GUGCCCGGCCGGCCCAGCCCCAGCGCGCCUCAGUCGGCGAGAGGCCGUUGGCGCGCGUGGAGCUGCUGCCCCCUGCGGCCGGCGCCGCGCCACCUCCGCUCCCCUCCCCGCCCGCGCAGCUGCCGCCGCCGGCUCUCGCCAUGGAGUAAGGCCCCCGCCGGCCGGACGGGGGGCCCCGCCGCGCCUCGAUGGCUCUGGUCACGGUGCAGCGCUCGCCUACCCCAAGCGCCACCUCCAGCCCCUGCGCCUCGGAGGCAGACAGUGGGGAAGAAGAAUGCCGGUCCCAGCCCAGAAGCAUCAGCGAAAGCUUUCUCACUGUGAAAGGUGCAGCGCUCUUCCUGCCGCGAGGAAAUGGGUCUUCUACUCCCCGGAUCAGCCACAGGCGCAACAAGCACGCAGGGGAUCUCCAGCAGCACCUGCAGGCCAUGUUCAUACUGCUCCGCCCAGAAGACAACAUCAGACUGGCUGUAAGACUGGAAAGUACAUACCAGAACCGCACGAGAUACAUGGUGGUGGUAUCCACUAACGGCAGACAAGACACCGAGGAGAGCAUUGUCCUAGGGAUGGAUUUCUCUUCCAAUGACAGUAGCACUUGUACAAUGGGUUUGGUGCUGCCGCUGUGGAGUGACACCUUGAUCCACCUGGAUGGGGAUGGCGGGUUCAGCGUAUCGACAGAUAACAGGGUUCAUAUAUUCAAGCCAGUGUCUGUACAGGCAAUGUGGUCUGCGCUGCAGAGUUUACAUAAGGCUUGUGAGGUAGCUCGGAGUAACAACUACUACCCGGGGAGCCUCUUCCUUACGUGGGUCAGUUACUAUGAGAGCCAUAUCAACUCCGACCAGUCGUCCGUCAACGAGUGGAAUGCCAUGCAAGAUGUGCAGUCCCACCGACCCGACUCGCCUGCCCUCUUCACGGACGUCCCAACAGAGCGGGAGCGCACAGAACGGCUAAUUAAGACCAAGUUAAGGGAGAUCAUGAUGCAGAAAGAUUUGGAGAACAUCACAUCGAAAGAGAUACGCACAGAGCUGGAGAUGCAAAUGGUGUGUAACCUGCGGGAGUUCAAAGAGUUCAUUGACAAUGAGAUGAUAGUGAUCCUUGGACAGAUGGACAGCCCCACCCAGAUAUUUGAUCAUGUCUUUUUGGGCUCGGAGUGGAACGCCUCCAAUUUGGAAGACUUGCAGAACAGAGGGGUGCGGUAUAUUUUGAAUGUGACUCGAGAAAUAGAUAACUUCUUCCCAGGGCUCUUUGAAUAUCAUAAUAUUCGGGUAUACGAUGAAGAAGCAACAGAUCUUCUGGCUUACUGGAAUGACACCUACAAAUUCAUCUCCAAGGCAAAGAAAAAUGGUUCUAAGUGCCUGGUGCACUGCAAGAUGGGCGUGAGCCGCUCAGCAUCCACCGUGAUCGCCUACGCCAUGAAGGAGUACGGCUGGAACCUGGACAGAGCGUACGACUACGUGAAGGAGCGGCGCACCGUCACGAAGCCCAACCCCAGCUUCAUGCGGCAGCUAGAGGAAUACCAAGGGAUCCUGCUGGCCAGCAAGCAGCGGCAUAAUAAACUGUGGCGGUCGCACUCAGACAGUGACCUAUCUGACCACCAUGAACCCAUCUGCAAGUCCGGGCUGGAGCUGAACAAAAAGGAGAUCACCACCUCUGCUGACCAGAUCUCAGAUGCCAAGACCAAUGACAACCAGCAACCAAUGUCUCCUGUCUACUCAGCCGAGCUGGACAGGGAACAACAGCUCCCAGAGGAUGCAAACAUGAUCGAGGAGCCACGUGUGAAAGAGAGAAGGGUCCACCUGGAGUUUACGUGUAGAGACUUCCAUGCCGAGCAGAUGGAGGACAAGCUGAACCUAAACAAUAUCAAUGGCUGUCCGGUAGGAUGUUGCGUGGACUCUAUCCGCCCUGAUAACUGCCAUUCUUCUGAGGCCUUAAUGCAACUCCAGCAUCCCUUGGAAAUAACGGAGUUUCCUGAUUUGACGGUGGAUGAUUUAGAAAAAGAUGCUCUUAAGCCUGAUAUGAACGUGCACUUGCUUCCCAUGGAAGAAUUCACUUCGUGCUUAAAAGACUUCCCUCAGUCCCCAAACCAGAAUUCCCCAAGUCCCCAACAGGUUCCCCAGCCUGAAGUGACAGACCUCAGUACAGAUAGGAUCGAUUUCUUCAGCGCUUUGGAGAAAUUUGUGGAGCUUUCCCAGGAGAGCAGGUCGCGCACCUGCUCCCAUUCCAGGACGGAGGAGCAAGGAAGUGGCAGGAACGGGAUCUCCAAGGUGUCUACUCUGGAAGUGCCGCCUGCUGCAGAUGGGGGCACAGAUGCUCAGCGGAGCAGCUCUGGAAACUCACCUCAAGCAUCAGAUGACUCUUCCACAGAUGAAGAACAGCAAAAGGAGGUCCCUGAGCUGCCCAGCACAGGCCAUCUCACGAGAUCCCACUCAGAAAAUGCAAUUUCUGUGAAGGAAAUUAUCACAGAGAUUGAAUCGAUCAACCAGGGAGCAGGACCUGCCCAGCAGAAAGAGGGUUCAGCCAACCAUACCCAGACACCCAAGAGGAACACAGUGCAUGAGCUGCCGGUGGAGGUGGUCUGGGCGUCAGAGAGGGUGGAGCAGAGUGAAGGACCCUGUGCUGGAUACCAGGAGAAGGAGAAGGACUCUCUGCAAGCUGAGCAAGAAGGUGGCUCCUCACUGCAGCUCCCUUCCUGCAGAUCGGACCUGGAGGAAAGCAGCCCUGCAGAGGAGCAGCAAGAGCCUCGUGGGCAGAGCAUCAGUCCUGAGCCAAAGUGGUGCCCGGGCUCCGUCAGACGGGCCACCUUGGAGUUGGAGGAGCGCUUGAGGCAAGAGCAGGAGCACCAGCAUGCCACCCCGGGCUGCAUCUUACCCACUCGCAAGAACUCCAGGAACGACUCUCCUGCUGCUGAGCUCCUGCCGCGCGGAAGGAAUGAGGAGCCAUUCCCGGAGCUGGCUCCGGAGAGUGACGAGGUGCAGAGUUCAGGUGCUGAGGAAUUGCUGCCUCCCGGGGCAGAGCAGCAAUCUGCAGACAGACAUCCUUCCAUGCCUGUCGCCUCUCUUCCCCAUGAACCUGUGCCUGCAGGGCCCAGCCUGGAGCAAGAGGUGACAGCUCAGGAGCGCAGGACAGUGGUCUCAUUUGAUGGCACAGAAGAGCCGGCUCUGCCCUCCCUCCUCCCAAAGAGGAUUGAAAUCAUUGAGUACACUCCCACGCUCAAGUCUGCCGAGCGCCCCGACGCUAGCUGUGAGCAGGGUGGGCUGGCCACAGCCAUCCCGCCUUUAGAUGAAAACUUGAAUCCUUCCUUGUGCUCAGAGAAGGCCCCUACCUGUCUCAAAGCUCUGACGCUGGUUAGUCUUUCACUGCCAGAGCACGCGGUACAAAGGCAGGCCACCUUCGCUGUAGGAAGCCCUGGCGAAGAAGGUGGUGGGUUAUCCGUUCACCUUGGUGCUGCUUCCCCCUCUGUCCAGGUAGCCUACACACCUUUAGCCAGCCUAGAUCGCUCUUCCUACCCCUACGUCAUUCACGUGGAGGGCGUCACUGAAGAGAGCACAAGUACAGAUGAUGAGCCAGCCAUGCCUCGCGGCACCGAGGGGGACGGCGACCUCCCGUGCAGGGACAGCAGCAAGCCUCUGUGCAGAGGGGGUGCUGGCACCUCGAGGCAGCUGAGCAGCGAGGACUUACCCAGCCAACGCACUGAAAACGUGGGCGUUGUGGACAUCUCUUUCCUGUGCUACGGCCUCCCCCACAGCUCCAGCAGCCACAGCGUGGAGGAGCACGGUAACAACCCCGGGCUUGUCAAGCAGCGGGCAAAGGAAAUAGAGGCCCGGAUUCGGCACGCGGGGCUCACCACGCCCUCCCACAUGAAACGCUCAGCAUCCUUAGCCAAGCUAGACUGCCUGGAUCUCUCCAAGGACGACUUAUCCGAGAGGGAAUCGGCCUCUUCUGACACCAACCCGGUGCUUCUCACCUGCGUCGCACUCGGUCGAAGCUUUUGCGGGGGAACGUUGGAGGGGGGCUUAGAAAGCCCGUGUGAAAAGCACUGCGAUUCCUCCCUGCCAGCCCUUCAGGAUCCAAAGCCUACUAAGCAUUUUGUAGAACAGCUAAGAACGGCAGAGUGCAUUGCCCAGAGCAAGCCGGUGGAGAGACCGUUAGCUCAGUACGCCAAAGAGUGCGGCUCGAGUCAGCAGAGUUUGUUUCCCAGUGCAGAUCCAACGUGGACUAGCUCCGAGGAGGGUCCUCCGCUGCUGCAGGUGCAGGUUGUGGACUCCUUGUCUCCGGCUCCAAGCCUGGCUGUCGCACCCAGGCAGCAACACGGUAGAACUCACCCUCUGAGGAGACUCAAAAAGACCAAUGAUAAAAAGCGGACAACCAAUCCCCUCUAUAAUACUAUGUGAUUCUGAGCCCUCGGCUGUGAUUUCUUACAAAAGAGAACCCACGUUGUUGCGUUCACGCAAGGGGCAGGUGUAAUAUAUAAGGAACAUGCACUUUAUUGGUUAAUUUUAUAUAUAUUGUCAUUUUACUGUUCCUGGCGCAUGUAGGUGUGGGUUGGUUCUUCUGUGUGUGACUCUGACUGCAGGACUGUUUGUUUUUUAAUUUUUUUAACUCAGAUAACCUCAAAUGUCCUUUUUUUGUUAGUUUGUUUUAAAAGAACACCUUUAGCAAAUGAAAAUUGCUGUUGGAUCACUUCUGCAAGGUGGAGUUUUGUGUAGAACCAGGUCCUAGUUUCUAACUUGAAUUUCCCCCUUGCCUUGAAAUGGUGCUGGGCAGUUGUCGGAGUGAGAACCCACGUAAAUGUGAAGGCUGUGCCAAGAUCCCUUUGUUUGGCCUUUCUGUUAUUUCUACAAACUGGAACUCCAUGGCAGUGGCAGAUCACUUAGGAAACUGCUUCAGGACAACCCCCCAGGCUUGGUUCUGCUUGUGCAUCCCCAAAAAGGGUGCACAGUAGUAAAUCACGCUGGCGGACAGGCUUUAAAAACCGCAGGCAGCCUGUCACUGUCUCGCAGAGCCCUGAAUCUGUAGUGAGGUGGAACACCAGCCUCCCACGCGGGCAGAGCUCCUCUGCGAGCCGCCAACUCCGUUUGUCCUCAGUCAUGCCGGAAAAGCGAUGUGAGAGGAGGAGAACCCACAAAACCAGAGUGUUCUUUUAAAACAAAUGAGUCUUUAGGGUUUUAACCCUUCCAUUACUUGAAUACUGCUGUGGGCCUUCCAAGUUCAUGGCCAUAUCAUCUGUCCUCUACCCUUCUGCUGCCUCCCCUCCACCCCAAUGCUGUUCUUGUCUCGUGCUGCCUGACUUUCUUUGCCUCUCCCCCUCUGCCCCACUCACAGGCACUUCUGUUCGCUCCCAGACCUAGAGGCUGUUAUAGUUGUUACAUGCUGUAUUUCCCUACUGAAUGCAAAGCUUUGUCCUCUCUGCUGUCACUCCUAACACUCAACCCGGAGGGAAGAUCUUUUCUGGAAGGUUGUGGUUUUUUUUUUUUUUUUUUUGGCCUAAAUUGUUGUAUAUAUGGUAUUUAUAUAGAAUUUUUUUUGUCAUUUCUAUGGGGUUUUUUUGUUUUUCUAAAAAAAAAAAGAAAAAAAAAAAGGGCAAGACUGCAUUCUGUAAACUGGAAAACAAAACCACCUUCCUCAAACUCAGUGCUGUCCAUUGUAAUCUGAACAGAAAUGGAGUGGAUUUGACUUUGUAAGCUGUCUUCCCUUUCCAAAAGUGAGCCUCGAUGCCAGCUUCUGCCAAAUGUGUCCCUUCUCCUCCCAUCCUGCAUGAACCCGUUACCCCGCUGCAGGAGGGUGACUGCGUAGCUGGCUGCCUCCCCCCACUUGACGAUGGGUGUCAGAAGAGCUGGUGGGACGCGGAAGGGCGUCCCCGUGACUGCUCCGAGCCAUUCUGCAGCUUCUCGCUUCCCCCAAGAACAGUGGCGUUGUGCAUACUCCAAAUUUCAGCAGGAUUUGGCUUUUUUACAGUUCCAGAGCGUUUGGCUAAUUCAAGACUCCUCUUUUUCCAGUGGUGCAUAUCAGCAAGUCGUAUGUCUGCUCUAGGGAGCACAGAAGAGGCACUUGGCUGUUGUAGGAGAGCUCUGGGUCCUGCUUCCAGUCCUGCAGCAGGUCUGUGGCAGGGCCCCGAACAGCGCGGCUGAGCUGGUGCUUGGCUCUGGCCCAGACCUGCCCCCGGGGAGGAGCAAAGCAGAAGAUGCAGAAUGGCUCCAGCUGCCGAAAGCCGGGCGCGGGGAGGAUGUGGCGAGGGAGGAGCGAGCAGCAGACCAGGCCCUACCUCGAAAGCGGCACCCAUGCCGCAGAGCCUUGCGGGCACCGAGGGCAUGAGCUCAGCUUGAGCUGGAGAGCAGCGCAGCACCAAAGCACGGCAGAGUAUUGGGAAGCAGCAUGUGUCUGUCCAAGGGCAAGGGCUGUCCUUAACCCUACAGCUUGCCCGCAUCCAGCAGCAGAGGUUAUGCCAGCAGGUCCCACAGUCAGGCGAGCCCAGGGAGGAGUCCCACCUCCGCUGCCCUCCCGUAGCUCCUAGGGAUCCUCCUACGCUGCUUUGCCAGAGCCCAGCGCCGGCAGCCCGUGUGCCCACGGCUGGGCAGUGCCUGGCAGGAUGCUGCCAGCGUGUCUCAGGCCUUUUCCAGCAGCAAUGUGCACCUUGGCCCCUUGCUUCCACGGAGCUGGAGCCCUGCUGGGGGGCAGGGGGGGAUGUCACCUCUGCUAGCUGCAGGCUGGAGCACAGCCUGGAGUAGCCCAGCAGGGCACUGUGAUCUUGGGUGGAAUAGCAUGUGCCCUCCCUGGCAAUUCCAGUCACUAGAAGUCACCCAAGUCGCAUAGAGCCUGGCCCAGGCGGCCGGAUCGUUCUUCAGGACACUGAAAGAUAUUUGGCCUCUCCUGGCCAGCUCCAGCUGGCUUGGAGCUGGGCAGGCAGUGUGGAAAGGCCAAGUGGCUCGUGUCAUCUUGUGAAGGACAGGUUCAGUCUUUGCUUCCCCUCCUCCCCCCAGCCCUCACCCGAGCUGUUGCCCGCUGUCCCUGGCCCUGCGGUGGCAUCUGCCCCUCCGCGGGUGGCAGGGAUGGGGUGCCACCAAGCACACCCUGUGCGGUGGCAGGAGCAUUUUUGGUUCACAACGUGUUCCUAUGGCAAUGAUCUGCUUGCGAGGAGAAAGCCCAGUAUAUGUAUUUUUUUUUCCUUGAGGAGGAAGAUGAUCAGGUCUUGCCCAGCUCAGUCUCAGGAGAAAUGCCCUAGAGAAAGGCUCUUCCUUGCAGACGGGAAAUGCUGCUUUCUUCCAAUACUCUGCUCCUGCCCAAGUGCUUUUGCUGGGGAGAGCGGUGUUUCUGCAGUGAAGGGCUGUCCUCCCUCGGGGCAAAGGCCCGCGUUGGGAAGUGCUUUGCUGCAUCCUUGUCCUCGGCUGUGUUUUUGCUCUGUGGAGGCAGUCAGGGAAGGUUGUUCUCUUGCAGACAGUUAUGAAGGCCUUGGAGGUCUUGAGGCUCUGAACUAGAUGGCAGAAAGGGGAAUGGACUGGAGGGACGUGUCGCGUGCAGCUCUCGGAGGGCUGUGGUCCUCCUUGGAGAGCGUCUGGUCAAUGGAGCCAUGGGGAUCAGAGGUCUCUCCGCUUGAGGACAGCGUGGUCCCUUCUCCACGCUGGUGGCUCACGGGUGGGCGGUGGGAGCGGGGCUCGCUCCUGUCCCCGCGGCCAUCCCACGAGGGCUUCCUGCGAGCUGCUGAGCACCGCGGGGAGCAGCGCCUUCCCAGCGGGGAAGGAGCAGCCCCUCCGACGCGGCCAGCAGCUGGUGAGCCUCGCUGGUAGGGGGGUGACAAACGCGUUGUUUUAAGGGCAUUUUGUACAAAGCAGCUGUUCCUUUGGUCUCUUGCAAAGCCCUCGUGGAGGACGCUUUAUUGUUUACAUUGACUCCCGUACGGUAUCUCGGCCAUCGCCUCCCCCUUGCCCGCCCGGUCUCUGGCUGUACUGUAGCGUGAGCCUUGCACAAACGGAUAGUGUGUGCGUGAAACUGGUUUUACACUGCGUUCUGUUGCACUCGAUGGCGUGUGUGUGCGUGCGUGCGUCCAGUCUGCUCGAGGAGUCGCGACGUGUCCAGAUCUCCCCUUCGGCGGGGGCGCGUUCCCCGUGGCGGCAGAAGGGCCGCGAGGCGACGCCACUUCCCGCUCGCCCGCGUUUCUUGGGAGCAGGGAUCGGCCCCGUGGCACGCGCCGGGGGAGGCCCACUGCGAGGUGGCCCGGACGGGGCGGCUCGCUGUGCCGGGGGCUGCUCGGAGUCGGCGCGGGCGCCCGUCGCCUCUCCCUGCCGCCGGGGCCGCUGCUCCUCCUGGUCGGCUCGGAGGGGAGGCCGUGCCGGCGCCCGCUCCCGGGGUGAUGCUCCUGCCUUACCGUGGUCCGGGCUGCACGCGAGGCCCCAGGCUGGGACGCGGGCGAGCUCUGGGCCGGGCAGGGGCUCUCGGCAGCCGGGUGGUGUCAACCCGGCCGCGCCGCAGGCGUCUGGUGGCACCCACGCGGGUGCCGGUGCCUUUCUGUUUCCCCCCUAGAGCUGUGAUGCCCCAGCGCUGGUUUGGGGGGUUGCCGUGGGGCCGGGCACGGGGGUGCUGAGCCCCCGGGGGUCACUGGCGGUGGGGCUGCAGCCCAGGCGUCCGCUGCCCCCCCGGACCUUCCCCGGUGGCUGGGAUCGUCCCCUCUCCCCGGACAGACUUUAUGACCGAUGUGCUCAGCUGUUUUUAAAUGUGAACUCGUGCACUGACGUGCAGACUCCAUGUUCUUGUUACUGAAUGAAUAAAGUUUUAUUUUGAAGAUGA